AGUCGAGCGCCAGCAGCCGCGAGACCUUGACAUCGCUCUCUCGUGUUCCUCAAUUGGUUAAAUAAUAUUCGGGGAAAUUCUUUUGGUUCCAUCCCGCACGCACCGCUGGCUAUUUGAUAUUAUACCGCGUCAAUGGAAGUGAUUUCGUCAUUGCCAUUGAUUCAUCCGAGUCAUGGAAUUAGUUCACAUCAUCAGCAUCGGAUACUACUUGUCUCAACUGAUUGAAUCUGAGGCGCUGCUGUUAAUUGCCUAUGGACUUGAUGGUUGAACUGAAGAAUAUUUCCAGCAGGAUGACCAUGUUGUUGUUGUUGCUGCUGUUGUGUUGUUGUUGCGGUGGUUGUCGGGGUCAGUGGACUCAGCGUAAAACGGCCAUUUUGGAGGGCGACAUGACGAUCGGCUACCUGUUCUCGAUGCACGAGCAGCCGGACCAGAAGUCGGCCCACAUGCGGACCUGCGGGCGCAUCUGGGAGGAGUACGGCAUCCAGCGGGCCGAGGCCACUUUCCAGACCAUCGAGCGGAUCAACAAGGACCCGGCCAUCCUGCCGGGCAUCCGGCUGGGCGUCGAAAUCCGCGACGACUGCUGGUACGCCCCCGUAGCCCUGGAACAGACCCUGGAAUUCAUCCGAGACGCCGUGGCCGCCUCGCCUGUCGCACCAUCUAGCGGCAACAACAAAACCUAUCACAACCACACCCCACCGACCAUCACAACGCCCACGGCGGCCAACCAAAACAAGCGCCGCAAAGUCCUGGUGGGCGUGAUCGGUCCAGGGUCCAGCGCCGUCAGCAUCCAGGUCCAGAAUCUGCUCCAACUGUUCCACAUUCCUCAGAUCGGCUACAGCGCCACGUCCAGGGACCUGAGCGACAAGAACCGGUUCGGCUACUUCCUGCGGGUUGUGCCUCCGGACGAGCUGCAGGCCAUGGCCAUGCUGCAGAUCGUCCAGCGCUACAACUGGACCUACGUCUCGGCCGUCAGCACUGAGGGCAGUUACGGCGAGAGCGGCCUGCAGGUCUUCCGGGAGUACGCCGACCGUGAGGGCAUCUGCCUGGCCAAGGAGUACUCGAUCCUGAGCAACGGUGUCGAGCACGAGUACGACCGACUCCUGACCAGGAUCAUGGAGGAGCCAAAGGCCAGGGUCAUCGUCUGCUUCUGUGAAGGCGAAACCGUCAACGCCAUCUUGAAAGCCAUUCGCCGAUUCAACCAGACCGGCCACUUUCUUCUAGUCGGCAGUGAUGGAUGGGCGGAUCGAUUGGACGUGGUUCAAGGCUACGAAGCCGAGGCGGAGGGUGGCAUUUCCAUCCGGAUCCACUCGCCACCGGUGGCCUCGUUUGACCGCGACUAUUUCGCCCUCAAACCGGACGCGCCCACCAGGGCCAGGAACCCUUGGUUCCAGGAAUUCUGGGAGCAUCGAUUCGAUUGUCUUUUAUCGGCCCCCGCAGAGUCUAGUAACGGGACUUUGACCUCCCGUCGAGGCCCGUCCUCACUGGCCAACGCCAUCAGCAGCAGCAGCAGUCCCUUCAUUUCUUCUCCCAGCAGCGGCAGCAGCAAGAAACUGUGCACAGGAGAGGAGAGUUUACGUGGCAGGUACAAGCAGGACACGAAAAUGGGGUUCGUCAUCAAGGCGACCAUGGCCAUGGCAUGGGCCUUGCACCACCUCCAGCAGAGCCUCUGCGGGGCCAACAGCUCAGGCCUGUGUCCUGCCAUGUUGCCGAUAGAUGGCUCUCUCUUACGGGAUCAUUUGUUGAAUGUGAGUUUCGCCUACGGGACGGAGACGGUCCAGUUCGACUCGAAUGGCAACCCGCCCGGCUGGUACGACAUCAUGAACUACCAGCGCCAUCAGCAGCAGCCAAAUAAUAAUAAUAAUAAGGCCCAGCAACAGCAGUACGGCUACGUCCAGAUCGGCAGCUGGAGGAACGGGACGCUGGACAUGCCCGACUGGCCGGCUAAAAUGGUCACCUCCGUCUGCUCGGAGCCCUGCCAAAGUGGACAGAUCAAGAUCAUUCAAAAGGAGUUGAGCUGUUGCUGGCAAUGCGUUCCGUGCGAGCCUCACCAGCGAGUCCUCAACGAAACGGCCUGUCAGGAUUGCCAGUGGGGAUACUGGCCAGACUUGCACACCAACGAAUGCAAAGAGAUUGCGGCCGAGUUUGGCAAGUGGAGCGACGCCCAAUCGAUCGUGGCCGUGACUCUGUCGGUGGUGGGCCUGCUGGCCACGGUGGCGACGGCCGCCGUCUUCGCCUGGCACAACAACACGCCCGUCGUCAAGGCCUCCACCCGCGAAUUGACUUACAUCAUCCUGGUCGGCAUGGCCUUGUGCUACUUGACCACUUUCCCGCUCCUUGCCGUCCCCUCGCGUCUCAGCUGCACCCUGUCGCGCAUCCUGCCCGGCUUCAGCUUCUCACUCAUCUUCGCCGCCCUGCUGACCAAGACCAACCGGAUCGCCCGCAUCCUGGCCGGCAGCAAGAAGCGCAUCUGCACGCGUAAGUCGCGCUGGCUCUCGCUCACCGCCCAGAUCCUCAUCACCAUGGCCAUGAUCGGCGUCGAGGUGAUGCUGAUCGUCUCCAUGCUGAUCCUGGAGCCGGCCGACGCCGUCAAGUUCUUCCCGUCUCGCUCGCGGGUCCUCAUCAUCUGCGACACGACGACCAGGGGUCUGAUCGCCCCGCUGGGCUUCGACUUCUUCCUGAUCGGCAUGUGCACCGUGUACGCGGUCAAGACGCGCAAUUUGCCGGAGAAUUUCAACGAGGCCAAAUUCAUCGGCUUCGCCAUGUACACGACGUGCGUCAUCUGGGUGGCCUUCGUGCCCAUCUACUUCAGCGGCAACGAGUCCAAGACCAUCACCCUGUGCAUGUGCGUCUCGUUGAGCGCCGUCGUCACUCUGGUCCUCCUCUUCGGACCCAAAUUGUACAUCAUCAUCUUCAAGCCGGAGAAGAACAAUCGAUCGGCAUUCACCACUUCGGCCGACCUGCGCAUCCACAUCGUCGGCGGAACGAUGAAGUAUAAUCCACACCAGUCGAGUGCGUUCAGCAGUUCCAGCAAUCACGCCACUCAGUCGACCCAUCGGAGCAGCUCAAUCAUCAAUCACGACCAGACAAACUGGGGAGAUGGGCACGGGAUCGUCAGUCGGUUGACAUCUUCCAAUCGAUUGCCACAGCAGCAGCCAGAGGAGAGUAAAGGGCCCCAUCACCAAGGUGGGAUGUCGUCCCAUCAGUUCAACAACGGCGACAAGAGUCGAUCCAACAUGACGUUUCUCCGUCGAGCCUUUGGAAGUCAACUCGAUCUAGCUGCAGAGGCCAAUUCCAAUAGUUUGAGGGAGGUCAAGAGCCCCAGAAAAGUGCUGGAUUUGAAACGUUCCGUCGAGGUCCAAACGGACGACAUUGACCUGUAUGUCAUCAGCAACAACCAUCAUUCCAAUUUGAGGAAGAAAUCGAGCGAAAGUAGCGAAAGUGUCGAAGAUGAUGAGGCCAGUCCUCCUAGUUGGCCUCAUCGACGCUGGGCCAGCAUCACAGAGAAGCGGGUGGCCGACGAGGAGGACGCGGCCGACAUCAUCAUCAACCUCGGCGGGACCAAUAUUAACGGCAGCACUACUCUCCUCUCAGCAGCAGCAUCGCCGUCGUCUUCACCGUCUGUCGGAUUAUUGGCCGACGACAGUCCGGCCGUCGGCCUGCGAUUGAGUCAAUCUGCCACCGCGCCCGGCAGCAUCAUCCGGCUGAGUAAUAACGACGACCAACAGCAGCACGGGGACGACUUGGCUGCUGCUGCUUCUUUGGACAGCGUCAAUAACGAAGCUUAUUACAAACUCCAGUCACUCGGCAUCAUCGUCUCCAAGGCUCCCAAUUCAGCCGACAUCCUCUAGCUACAUAUAUUACAUGUGUAUUGCAGCGCAGCACAAAAUCAUCAUUUUGUAAUAUAAUCACAUAUAAAUCCAAUAAUGUCCGUAUUAUCAAAAUAAUACCCCAGUCAUCAUUUCAUUACAGACGACACUGUCUAUAGGCUAUAUUUAUAUAUCCCCGCAGGCUCAAUCUUAAUCAACUUAUUAUAUAUAUUAAUUAUAUACAUCACGCCGUAUAUUAUUGUUCGCCACCUUUUGAUACAUAUUCCAUAUUUAUUUGAAUUCCGCCACUGUAUUUUGUUUUCAAAUAAUGUUUGAAUUAAAUGUUGAUUCGAAAAAGAGAUCCAAUCACCAUCGCAGCAUUCCACAAAUGAUUGAUGUUAUAUAUUUGCGUCUGUCUGUCUGACCCAUAAAAUUUCAAUCACGUCUAUUACGUCAUGUCCUUUGUGAUCUUUAUUCUCGUAAUAAUUCAAAUUAUUAUUAUUACAUAGUACUCAAUUCAUGUUUAUGUGCUGUACUGGUCAUAUUACAGGGAAAGUUUGAACCCCAUUUAAUGGUAUACGUAAAUUCUAACGAUCCUGGUUGUUAUAUGUAUAUAGACGAUUAAUCACUAUGAAUAUACAAGAGAAAUGGU